AUGGGACGCGACUACUGGGCCAGCGCUUGGCUGGCCUACGGUGCUUACGCCAACCCGCCUCAGCUUUACCUCGCCGCCAAACUCUACUACGACGUUUUCCAGGGCCCGCUCAUUACCCUCUCCCUCAUCCAUCACCGUCGCGCGAACGGCACCCUCCAUGGGGGAGUCGCCAGCCGUCUUCCUCCUGAGCUCUGGAUCAUGCUCGCCGAAGCGGUGCACCAUGAAGCCCAAGCAAUGCUGGAGGCGGCUGUCCAUGACUUGACUGUCGCUGCAACCUGCGGCGCCUGCCGUACACAGUUGCUGUCGGGCGCACUGCUCAGGUGGCGCGACCAUCCCUAUAUCGCAAGUGAGGCUUGGACAGGCUGCCAAGGUUGUCAGCGCAAGGCUGAGGAAACUAUCGGGGCUAUCUAUCAUCUCGAUGUGCUUCCCUUCCUGAACACCUAUGGUCUCACUACUGAGUGGUACAAAUACCCUCAGUGCUACCAUGUCCCUGACUAUGUACCUGGACGCCAGACCGAGGAGGAGCUCCAGCGGAGUGAGCAGCGAUACAGACAGCGAUGGGACGUCCGCGCCCAAGUGCUUCUACAGCCCCACAAUUACGCCGUCGUGGAGCAGCUGAGGGGAGAUGAGGUGAGCACUUCGUGCGGGUACGAUGAGCGGGAAUUCAGCACCUGCCAGGUGCUCACAAGGGAGGAACUGUGUGCGCUGCUAGGAGACCAGCGCCUGGCAGGCCUCUACCGCCGGUUCUUUGCAGACUGGCCGAUGGGUGCGGAUUGGAAGGAGAGGGAGCCGCAGCUGCACAUCCGCUGCGUGGGCGAGUCGGGAUGA